CUUCGCCGGCGGACUGGAGGCAGCGGCGGCCGUAGGGACGGCGGCGUCUCGCAGGACCCAGCUGCCAGGGGGCGCUGGCGGACUCCAAUGCCGCUGGCCGGCCCCUCUUGGCGGCACGGCGCUGUGCCGGUUCGCUUCCGCGUCGCUGUCGCUGCGCGAUAGGGCGCCGCCCCGCGCCGCUGCCGUGCGCCGGCCGCGGGCUAUGGCGCUGCUUUCGUCCGUGGCCGCAGCCGUCACAGCCUUGGCGGCCCUGGCUGCUCUCCUUCUUGUCCUGAUAUGCGUGAUUGCUCAUGUAACUGCCAGAAAAAUGCCAACCCUUCACCGACAUGAAGAAGAGAAAUUCUUUGUAAAUGAUGAAGGCAGGAAAGAAUCUGUACCAAGUAUACAUGAUCGCCCUGUAAAGGAGCUCUCUGUUGUUGUGCCUUCUUACAAUGAAGAAGACCGGUUACCUGUUAUGAUGGAUGAAGCUUUGGAUUAUCUAGAAAAAAGACAGAAACGAGAUGCUUCAUUCACUUAUGAAGUAAUAGUGAUUAAUGAUGGUAGUAAAGAUCAAACUGAAAAGGUUGCAAUGAAGUACUGCAAGAAAUAUGGAAGUGACAAAGUGCGAGUGCUUUCUUUGGUAAAAAAUCGAGGGAAAGGAGGAGCAGUCAAGAUGGGUGUCUUUAGUUCUCGGGGGAGAAAAAUUCUUAUGGCUGACGCAGAUGGAGCCACAAAAUUUGCAGAUAUUGAAAAAGUAGAAGAAGGUCUUAAAAAUCUUCAACCGUGGCCUAACCAGAUGGCUAUUUCCUGUGGUUCUAGAGCUCAUCUGGAGAAGGACUCAAUAGCAAAGCGCUCUUACUUUAGAACUCUUCUUAUGUAUGGGUUCCACUUCCUCGUGUGGUUUCUCUGUGUCAGAGAGAUCAGGGACACACAGUGUGGAUUUAAACUUUUAACCAGAGAAGCUGCCUUGAGGACUUUCUCUACUCUUCACAUAGAACGCUGGGCGUUUGAUGUGGAACUGCUUUAUAUAGCUCAGUGCUUGAGAAUACCUAUAGCAGAAGUUGCUGUCAACUGGACUGAAAUUGAAGGUUCUAAGUUAGUUCCCUUUUGGAGCUGGCUGCAGAUGGGCAGAGAUCUUCUUUUUAUACGACUGCGAUAUAUGACUGGUGCCUGGCAGAUUGAAACAAGAAAAUGUAAUUAGGUUAUUUACAUUUCCCAAAUAUAUUAUUAUACUUAAUGGAACAUGAGAACAGUUUCAAUCAAGUGAAGUGCUGAUGAAAGCUGAGGUAAUUCUUCAUCGCUCCCGUUCUGUUUCAUUUUUGCAGCUUGUAUGCAUUUUAUAAGAUUGUCAGCAGGGACUUUAUACAACGUUUUGAAAAGAGAAAGAAUUUCCAAAAAAAAGAUUUUCCUAUCUGGUAAUCAAGUUUUUGUUUUAUUAAAUAGUAGAUUUACCAUGUCUCAUGAAUUCACUGGAAUAAAUAGAUCUGCUUUUGUCUCAUCCUACAUUUUGAAUGUCCUUAUACAUACUAAAAAGCUGCACUCCAUUCUGCAUUGUGCAAUUGUAUUGUGAAUGACCAGAACCAUUUGUUUCUGUGCUGUCUGGAAGUACAUGACCGUAUGCCAACGUGGAGUUAUCAAUCAUCGUUCAUGCUGAUGCAUGUUUAGAUUCAGUGUUAUGGGAAGCACUAAUGGGUUUUACUGAGUGGUAACAGUCAUGUUUGUAAGGCUGUUUUAAGAACCUUCAGUAGUCUCUUCACAUUCCAAACAUUUCGUCUGAAGCUGAAAUAGUAAGUUUGUCUGAGCUCAGACUGCAGAUUGUCUCCAGGCUGUAGAAGGUCCAAGAGAAAGCAUCAUUUUAAAAUGUUGUCUUUUUGUAAAUAUGUCUUGUUCAUAUCUACUAAUUAGUACUGCAUGCUUGAUGGCUAUUGGUUCUUGGCAUAUACAGAUCUGUAGUGAAAAGGGUAUGGAGACCAAAUUCAGGCCAUACAAGAUGAGACCCUGUGUGCACUGGGAGCCUAUGCAUUAGCAAUGCCAACCUGACGUUGUCAGGUUUCAAAUGAGAUCAGAGACAGAAGGAGCUUAAGUCUUUCUUAGUGUUGUCAUACUCGGUGGCAAUGCACAAAUUUCUGUAGUGCUCUCAGAACAGUUGUGGAUUGCCAGCAAGCUCAGCCAGUCUUUCUUUGGGAAACAUACAAAUGUAAAGGAAGAUUAAAGGAUGAACAGUAUAUGACUGUACUUUCGCAUAUGAUUUCACUGGUGAUUUUUCUUAUUCCUUUUGCAAUGGGCUGAGUUUUGCUUCUGUUAGGGUUACCUCAGUUUUCUAUAAAUUGAAGUGUUUGAAUAAAUUCUCCAAAAGCACCUUCA